GAUUGGGUCUCGGAAAUCGGUUGGGUACGCUGUCUGAGGUGUUUUCAUUCCUUGCCCAACGAUUCGAGAAUUCAUGCACCAAGAUAUCUGAUUUGACUUUGUACUCGUCGCUGAAUAGUGUACAUGCGCCGGGGAUGUACAGGGUGAACACAGUGCUUUCGCAUUUCCCACCAUUCGCUGAAGCAUUCUUCUGCUCUCCAAAAGCGGAAAUGAAUAAGGGAGAAAAAUGCUCAUUGUGGU